AUAGCUUUUGUCAAAGCAAGAAAUACCUUGUCGGUGCUGUGACGGUGUCAACUCACAAUACCUUUGUUCUGGCUUAAGCAAGAUAAGGCUUCGUCUUGUUCGAUCGUUCAAUGAACCAAAAAAUACUUCUAGUGCAACUGCGUAGCUCAGAGUUUGGUCUCUGAAGAGAGAGAGAGAGAGAUGGCGAAGUGUGGGCUAUUAAUCUCAACAAGGAACAUCAACCCAAUUCCUUGUCCGAGUAUUACCGACUGCAGCAAUGGUAAAUUGCUGUGGAAUACACGCGGAAACCUUUCUCCGAAUCGACUCCAAUUCUCCGUGGACAAAGUCAGGUGUCCCACAAGAAGAAGCCCAAGUCGGGGCGCGUGGAGCACAAAAUGCAGUAGCAUAUGUAGUUUCAUCGGAGUAACCAUUCCUCCCAGAAUUGAGCUCUCAGCAGCAAAUGGAGUAACUCAAAUUUUCAAUAUCAACAUGCACGAAACCUCACACAUUGCAUCAGAGUUUAUCCACAAAUUGGUGAUUGCGGAUUUGGAUCCUGCCACGGCAAAGCUUGCUAUUAGUCUUCUAGGUCCUUUCCUCUCAGCAUUCGGUUUUCUGUUCAUUUUGAGAAUAGUCAUGUCCUGGUACCCUAAGCUUCCAGUUGAGAAAUUUCCAUAUGUAUUAGCUUAUGCUCCGACGGAACCCCUUCUUAGUCCGACCCGGAAGGUGAUUCCACCCCUUGCCGGAGUGGAUGUAACUCCUGUGGUCUGGUUCGGGUUGAUCAGUUUCCUCAGUGAAAUAUUAGUCGGCCCUCAAGGCUUGCUUGUUCUUCUAUCCCAAAAAGUUUAGCUCCUAUGCUUUUGAGGAUGGAUACAGCUGGGAGCUUACUUUUUGUGCAGAGAAUUCUUUCUGUUUUCGGUAUUUGUUAGGUUUUUGACAUUGUAAUUGAAAUGAGAAAAAUUGAUUCAUGGUGCGGCCAGGAGAUGUUAUCAACUCUUAGUACAUGUAAGUAGUGCUUGGAUGACUCUUUAUUCUAUCUAUGAAAGUUCUUUUUUUAUGUCCAAAAAAAAAAGUAAUGCUUGGAUGAGAAAUACUCCUAAAUGUCAUCAGCUCCCAACUGUUCAGGAAACACACUUCUUCAUUGAUGGAGUACUCUUUGUUCAUUGAAAAAAGGAAAAAAAAGAAAAGAAAA